UUGGUGUCUAGAGGAAGACAAUUGGUCAACUAUCUCUGACAAUGGCAUUGGGAAAGAAGUUUUUAGCUUCUGGUUUGAGACUCUUAUCCACAAGUGCACAGAAAAGAGGCGUUACAGAAGUGGCUUCUUAUGCAGAGUCAAAAACUACAGCUUUCAUUCAGCGUGAAAAGAAGCAUGGCGCUUUGAACUAUGAGCCACUCCCAGUUGUGCUUUCAAAGGGACAAGGCGUUCACGUCUGGGACGUAGAGGGAAAGAGAUUUUAUGAUUUUCUGAGUGCCUAUUCUGCUGUGAAUCAGGGUCAUUGUCACCCACGUAUAGUAGAAGCAUUGAAGGAGCAAGUAUCGCGUUUAGCUCUCACCUCAAGAGCGUUUUACAACGAUGCACUUGGAGAGUUUGAAGAGUUUAUUUGCCGAAUGUUUCAUUAUGAUAGAGUACUGCCAAUGAAUACAGGCGUGGAAGGUGGAGAGACGGCAAUUAAAUUGGCUCGAAAGUGGGCUUAUGAGGUAAAAGGAAUACAAGACCAAAGAGCAAAGGUUAUUUUUGCAAGUGGUAAUUUCUGGGGAAGAACACUUGCAGCAGUCUCAACUUCAACAGACUCUAGUUGUAAAAAUCAUUUUGGCCCUUACAUGCCUGGCUUCGAAGUGAUUCCAUACAACGAUAUAGCAGCCCUCGAAAAGGCCACUGAAGACCCAAACGUUUGUGCUUUUAUGGUUGAACCUAUUCAAGGAGAGGCAGGUGUGAUAGUGCCAAAUGACGGCUAUCUUCGUGCUGCGUCUUCCAUUUGCAAACAGAAGAAUGUUCUUCUUAUCGCGGAUGAGGUUCAAACUGGGAUUGGAAGAACGGGAAAACUUUUGUGCUGUGACUAUGAAAAUGUGAAACCAGACAUUCUCAUUCUUGGAAAGGCACUGUCAGGUGGGGUUUACCCUGUCUCGGCAGUUCUUGCUAGCGAUGAAAUAAUGUUAUGCAUCCACCCUGGAGAGCAUGGUUCCACUUAUGGUGGAAAUCCUGUUGCGGCCAAGGUAGCUAUUGCAGCACUAUCAGUCAUCAAGGAUGAAGGACUUGUAGAAAAUGCUUACAAAAUGGGAAGUUUAUUUAGAGAGUCAUUGCAAUCAUUAGGAAUGGCUUGUAUAGCGGAUGUGAGAGGAAAAGGCUUGUUGAAUGCCAUAACAGUUCAUUCGAAAGGCGGAAAAACUGCGCAUGAGUUAUGUCUGAGAUUCAUGGAAAAUGGACUUCUGGCAAAGCCUACUCACGAAGAGCAUAUAAGAUUUGCACCGCCUUUGAUUAUCACAGAGCAGCAGCUAAAUGAAUGUCUGGGAAUUAUACAUCGUUCUUUGAAAAGUUUCUAGACAAUGCUUUGUUUAAACAUAACAUAUGUGACACUACUUGUUUCUCCUCAUGUGAUACAAAUAAACUUUUCAACAAGUCGAAAUUGAGCUCUAACCUGCC